AUGCCGGCGUCGCCCGGAUCGACGCUCGCGGUCGCCCCCGGUUUAGACGUCACGACGCCGCAUCACCGAGCGCUCGCGCGCGCGAUGACGACGCGCGCGCGGCUGUGGACGGAGAUGGCGCAUCACGACUGCGUCACCCGCAUGUGCUCGAGCACGAUGACGCGAUCGGAGACGCACGUCACGGCGCAGGUGGGUGGAUCGCGCCCGAGCGGACUCGCGCGCGCGGCGGAGAUUUUAGAGAGCGAGUACGGGUACGAUGAGGUGAACCUGAACUGUGGGUGCCCGAGCGAACGCGUGUGCCGGAAGGAUGACGAGACGUCCUCGUUCGGCGCGGCGAUGAUGAUCGACGUGGAAAACACGGCGGAAUGCGUCCGACGCAUGGUGGAAGCGGUGGAUGCGACGAAGAUCACGGUGAAACAUAGAUUGGGCGUGCGCUUCGAUAAGACGAUGACGGUGAAGGAGGAGACGGAUAGUUACGAGCACGUGGUCAAGUUUAUCGAAGCGAUCAAAGACGCCGCGGGCGUCGAUCAUUUCAUCGUACACGCUCGGAGUGCGGUCAUGGGGGGGCUUUCGCCCGAUGCGAAUAGGAAAAUUCCGCCGCUGAGGUACGACGAGGUGUUCGCGCUGUGCGACGAAUUCAGCAAGUGCGAUUUCACCCUGAACGGGGGCGUGGAGACGCUCGAGCAGGCAAAGGGAUUGUUAGAGAGGGAGGAUGGAAAAUUAGCGGGGGUGAUGAUGGGUCGGGCGUUUUACAAACAUCCGUGCAUGCUCGCGGAUAUCGAUCGAGUCAUCUUCGGGGAGCCCACGGCGGAUCCGCCGCCGACUCGACGGUCUCUAGUCAAGAUGUACGGCGAUUACGGCGACUCCGUGUUCGCCGGGCUCGGCUCUGACGUGCACUACAAGGUGCGAAAAUCCAUGGCGCGCAGACUGUUCAAGGCUGUGAGCGCCAUCUCGUACGGUACGUCGACGGGAUCCAGGGCGUUUCAUCGCGAGGCGGAUAACCACUUGCUGAAACGUCACUACGACGACUACCCGGCCAAUCCAGAGGACGAUCGCCCGUGGAGCGUCAAUUUCCGCGAGUUCGUCGAGGGCAUCAUCGACGAAGAGUACCUGGACGAUCCGUUGGUGAAUGUCAAUCCCGAGGGCGAUAACACGCGACCGCUCGCUCGAAAGUUUGUCCGAGCGUUGAAGUUGAAGGAUGCCAACGAGAAGUUAAAGGAUUCCAACGCCGAGACUGCGAUCAGAGACGGCGAGUAG